CCUACUGUUGAACUAAAAAAGGCCAAAAAUAUGUCUUUGAAAAAUGGAUUAUGCACGGAAGAACAUGAACCACUCAUUGUUUCUAAGCAGAUAAAGACCCGUUCAUUUCUCCGCUUCCAGGCAAUCUGAAUAAACUCUUUCUUUUAACCAUGUUUAUAGGUGGAUCACUUUUGCACCAUGCAUUUACAUCUUUGUCGAGUAUUUUUUUGGAAAGCCUGACUCAGUUACCAUCAAUGCUAUCAAUUGCUUGUCAUCGGUCUAUAUGCUUCUUUACCCUCUUCUCAUUCAGUUCACUUUCAAACAUUUCGAAGAUCGGUUAAAUGAUCGGCCUGGUGCUGGGCUGCAACGAGGUAUCACUAUUGGAGCUAUAUUAAACGCUAUUGCCGGCAUUGUGCGAUGGCUAGGUGCUUUACCAUCCAUCAAUGGCUUUUGUAUAUUAUUCACUGGGCAAACUAUUGCCGCAAUAGCACAAGCAUUUAUGCUGGCUAUACCUCCGCGGCUAGCUGUUACAUGGUUUCCAGAGAAUGAAAUCAAUAUGGCCACGUCCAUAGCUGCAUCAGCUAAUAAUUUAGGGAUUGCAUUCGGAUGCGCUUUGACGCCUUUGUUGGUUAAAGAAGCCUCCUCCGAAACAGACAUACCGUUUCUAUUGCUCCUGCAGGCAGUCUUGUGCGGAAGCGUGCUUAUUUUGAUAUGGAUUGCUUUCCAAAAGCCAGCACCUUAUUAUAGAUGUACUUUAGUCGAUAUUGAUUCUCCCGUGAAAUCGUCCAAAUUGUGGAAACAGGGCUCCUUUAUUCAUAUGAUUUUAUCUUAUAGCAUCAUCAUGGCUGCUCAAUGUGCUAUUAUCACUCUGCUUGCUCAAAUUCUAAUUCCGCCUCUGGGUGCCAUGAUCGAUGAGAAACAUGUCGGGAUGUUGGGCACGCUAAUGCUGUUUGUGGGGUUUCCUGCAAGUAUAUGUGUUGGUAUAUACUUGGACCGGACAUUAGAAUACAGGAAAACAUGUAAUAUUCUCUCAAUGAUGGCCGCCCUCAGCACAUUAGGCUUAUCUUUGUCAAUUGAGUUCGAUUCGCUGAUAGGAAUUGUUCUGUCAUGUGUCUGCUUUGGACUGUCAUCUUACGCCAUCGCACCAGCUCUUUUCCAAUACGCAGGCGAGCUAUUUUAUCCUAUCAGUGAGAUUAUACCUUCCAGCUACAUGUUCACCAUUGGGAAUACAGGAGGUGUUGUAUUUGUCGCUGUUAUGGGAUGGAGUGAAAACAUGGCAGUAAAGUUUUCCAUGCGAAAACCAAUGAUAUGCCUUACUGUUGCACUAUUUAUUAGUGUGCAUUUUAUGUAUCGUGUUCAUGGUUCCUUGAAAAGAAGCAUGCGUUAUCAAUCUUAGUGCACAAUAUCAUUCCCUAAUUCAUACCUUACUAAUCAACUACUAUUUGCCAAAUAAACUAUAAGAGUGAUAUCAUAUCGCUCGGAAAUACGGAUGGGAUCUUCCUUCUUCCGUCUUUCAACAGGCAAAAAACGCCACAUGUCUUUAUAAUUGAAGCAAAUUCCUACUCAUAAUACGAGUUCUUGUUUGUGUUCAAACCGUAACAUUUAUGCGAUAAAUAAGAGAGUAAUCGACGCUCAAAGGUUGAUUUGCAGUCCGACAUUACUCAUCUGGAGUGGAAAUCAUAUACGGGAAAAGGCAUCCAGGAAGUGCGGGAGUUGUGCCCGAGCUAUCAAUGAUCAUCGUUUUAAAUGCAUUUCAGGCGCGAUUCGCGACACAAAUUGAUGCCCUCAAAAUUCAAG